GGAGUAGAAAAUCAUGUCCCCUAGCAUUUUGGACUUGCACCAGUCCAACCCAAGAGUCAGCCGCAAGCAUGCACAGCCCUCCCUUCCCCUCCCCUGUAAUUCCUCUCUUCCACAAAAAACAAUCCGCAACUUUCUCUCUUCUAUCUUCUUCUCCCCACCCUGCACGAUCACAAAGAAGGAAACACGACACACAUUCCCCCAUUGAUUCCUGCACCUCUCCAUCUCCAACAUUCCUCUCACUAAUUAACCAUGGCAUUCUAUUCCCAUUCCCCUUUGAUCACCCUUCUAACCCUAGUUUUACUCUUUCCCGCCGCGACAGCAUCCCGCGCCCAGCUCACCGAAAACUACUACGAUAAAACAUGCCCAAAAUUCAACGAAAUCGUCCACCGCAUCGUCACCGAAAAGCAAAUAGCCACCCCCACUACCGCCGCUGCCGUCCUUCGCCUCUUCUUCCACGACUGCGUCCUCGAAGGUUGCGACGCCUCCCUCCUCAUCGCUUCCAACUCCUUCAACAAGGCGGAGAGGGACGCCGACAUCAACGUCGCCAUCCCCGGAGAUGGCUUCGACGUCGUCACCCGCAUCAAGACCGCCCUCGAGCUCCAGUGUCCCGGGGUCGUCUCCUGCGCCGACAUCCUCUCCGCCGCCGCACGCAACCUUGUCAACAUGGUCGGCGGACCCCACUACACCCUCCGUUUCGGCCGCAAAGACGGUCUAAUCUCCAGGGCCGAUCGUGUGGAGGGCCACUACGCCAGGACCAACAUGACCAUCUCCGAGAUCAUCAACCUCUUCUCCUCCAUGAAUCUCUCCGUCCAGGACCUCGUCGCCCUAAGCGGGGCCCACACUAUCGGUUUCUCCCACUGCAACGAGUUCGCCAAACGCCUCUUCAAUUUCAGCACGACGGCGGAGACCGAUCCCGCCCUCAAUCGCAACUACGCGGAGGGUCUGAGGAAGCUCUGCGCCAAUUACACUACCAACCCCGGGAUGUCGGCGUUCAACGACGUCAUGACCCCGGGGAAGUUCGACAACUUGUAUUUCCAAAACUUGCAAAGGGGUCUAGGGUUACUGGCGACGGAUAACGCCCUAGUGACGGAUCCGCGGACGAAGCCGUUUGUGGAUCUCUACGCCGCCGACCAGGCAAAGUUUUUCGAGGAUUUCGGCCAGGCCAUACAGAGGGUCAGCUUGAUGAAAGUGAAGACAGGGAAGCAUGGGGAGGUCCGACGCCGAUGCGACGCCUUCAACAACCUUCAACAACCUCAAAACUUGAACAACAAACCUCAAGCCUCGAACAACAAUCCCCAAGACUCGAACAAGCAGCCUCAAGACUCGAACAACAAACCUCAAGACUUGAACAAGAAGAAAAAAAAAUCCUCAGCUUAAUUCGAGCUCACCUGUUGUCAG